GGGCGAACGCGACAAGGAGCUGGAAUAGACUCCAAACACACAUAUCGCCAUGUUGUUGAGGUACCUCAGUGCGGCCGCUCUGGCCCUGCAAUCCGCAAACGCCUUCAAGGACGCUUCGCCUUUUGUCCUCUACUCGACCAGCCAACUGGAAGGAAAGAGCCUCGAUGCGAACAUCAUCAGUGCCCAGAGCCUGGAAAAGGGUGUUGAACACCUUGUUAAGGAUUGCCCAUCAGACACGUAUGUCUUCGUAUCGCAGCCUGGCGUUUCGACCAACGACCUCACCGUCUCCAAAUCCACUCCCCACCUCCGUCGCCGCCUCUCUGGCAAGGAUGAAAAUGUCAAGUCUGUCUUGGCCGUGAAGGAUGUUGUUGGAGAGGUUGAUGCCAUGAAGUUGGUGUCAAAGGUUCACCUUGGCUGCGACGAAUCUAGAAACGGAUUCAACACUUUGCUCUUGGACGGCGAAAAGGGAGAGAUUCCCACAAAGCCCUACGACGCAAUUCACAUCCAAUUCCCUAGUCUGCCUGCCAACCACGACGACCGCGAAUCCGCCCUCCUCCAAGCCGACUCGUACCUGAACUCGCUGCUCGAAUCCCUCGAAUCCUACACCGUUCUCUACGCUCCUCUCUCCAACCUCUCUCCUCCACAAUCUCAGCAUCCCGAACAGUACGAGAUGGACGAGCCUUACCCUUCAAACAUGCACACCGACCUGAAGCGUGACCUCAACUCUCACGUGUCCCGCGCCAGCAACGCCUCAAACCCUCAGGACGGUCUGCCUCUGUUUGAGAAGUACCAGUUCCUCUCACCUGGCAUCUUCAUGGGUGGUGUUGUCAGCAUCCUCCUCUUCUCUAUUCUCUACGUCGGAGUCAGCGCCAUCGCUAACCUCGAGGUCUCAUACAUGGCCUUCAGUAAGGAGAUGGGUCCUGCUGCUCAGAAGAAGCAGCAACAGCAGUAAGAAUGUCGUCGCCCAAAGUAAAGAGAUACCACCAUUGUACUUUUCCUGCCCUUUCAUAAAUUUCAUGUAGAUGCGAAACUUUUGAUUUAACGUUACAAGGACAA